ACAAUAGUUAAUAUAUUACGCACGUGCUAAAAUUGUCAACUGCAUUAAAGUUAACAGUUUCCGUGAACCAUUCACAUGUCAAACAGUAGUUUCUUCACGAAAAGUACGCGUGCAUUCGUAGUAAACGCAUUGCCGUAUCUAACGUGAAACGCUUCAAUUGAACGAACGUAAACCGAAACGGAAAUCAAGAAGCACACAUGUUACGAAGCGGGUCUGUCAUUUCGGGACAGUAAACAGAAGGUGAUUUCGUUGUACGUUUAUUCUCGACGCAUAGAAUGUCCGUGACCGAGGAAAAAAUUCAAGAGUUAAACAGACGGUUUCUAGAAUUUAUGAGCAAAAGUGAGAAUGCAGAGUCAGCGACGAAAGAAAUUUACGAAGAUCUUCUCGACGAGGUCUUAAUGGGAUUCGUUUUCGAUGUACAUCGAACUACGAAAACUGGUAGUUCAGCUGUCGAGGAAGGUAUACCUGAUGACGAGUCAUAUGCUAUCGUCGAUUCCCCUGGACUGGACGUCUUUGGUCAACACCCUGUCAAAAAAUCUCAGGAAUGCAAUUGUCCAAAUUGUGAUAGAGGAGUGGCAGCCUGUCGUUUUGCAACUCAUUUAGAAAAAUGUAUGGGCAUGGGACGAAAUAGCUCGCGUAUCGCAUCAAGGCGUAUAGCCAAUAAUUCGAAAGAUCUUAGCAACUUCAGCGGUGUUAUAAGCGACGACGACGACGACGUUGACUGGAGUUUGAAUAACGACAAGCGUAAACGCAGGAAAGAUCGCAAUGGUAUAAAAAGAACGAAGCAACAAAAGAACAGUCAAAGAAACGGAGAGAGUGUAAAUGAACAUAUUCAUAGUAGUAAUGAAAAUUCUCCGUCGAAUUAUGAAAAUAUGUCUUUGGAAGAUAAAAGGAUUCUGCUAACUCAAAUUUGUGGAGUAAUAUCAGAACAUACCAAAAAAUUAUGUACACGAUCUAUGCGGUGUCCGCAACACACGGAAGAUCAAAGGAAAGAAAUGCGAGCAAAUUUAGAAUCCGGAAACAAUGCACAACCUGGUCAAGAUAAUCUUCAUGUAGAUGUAGAUACGUACGAAGAAGGAGAUGGACAAAAUUUAAGAGAGGCAUUAGCGCGUUGGGAUCGCGAAGGUUCAAGUCACUCGAGCCCGGCAGAUUCUACAUCUACAACGUCGACAUCCUCGAUAAGUAGGAAACGGGAAACAAAAACAAAAGGCAAAGGAAAAGGUUCGAAACGCGAUCGUGGAUCGCCUAUUUCGCAAGGAGAUUAA